CCGUCGGGACACGUGGGUGGCAGAGACGUGCAGUUGUUGUAGUGGAAUCAGAAGGUGUUUUUUGGUCAAUAUGAGCGAGGAGAGUGGCAAGAGGAGGAGAAAGGCUCAAUACGUGGGCAGUGCCAAGCGGCACAGGGGGAGUAAGCAGCUGGAUGUGGGCAUGCAAGGUAUCCUUAUCACAUGCAACAUGAACGAGAGGAAGUGUGUAGGAGAAGCGUACAGUCUGCUCAAUGAGUAUGGGGAUCAGUUGUAUGGGCCAGAGAAGUUAUCUGAGAAGGAUGACGGAACAUCGGAAAGUGAGGAAGAUGCAGAGGAAGCUCUGAAAAAAGAAGUUAAUGAGAUUCGCUCUUCAAUAGAAAAAAACCUGCGCAGGUUCCAGUCAAUUGAGAGUGGAGCCAACAAUGUUGUUUUUAUCAGGACCCUCAAAAUAGAUCCUGAGAAGUUGGUGCAUCACAUUCUAAAAGAUAUUUACACAACCAAAAAAAAGAAGACGCGAGUCAUUCUCCGUAUGUUGCCGGUCUCUGGUACCUGUAAGGCUUUCCCUGAGGAUCUCAAGAAAUACGCAGAAACCUUCUUUGAGCCGUGGUUUAAAACUCCAAACAAGGGAACCUUCCAAAUUGUAUACAAAGCACGUAACAACAAUCACAUGAACAGGGAUGAAGUCAUCAAAGACCUGGCCGGAAUUGUUGGAAACCAGAAUCCUGAGAACAAAGUUGACCUGAGCAAUCCGGAAUACACCAUUGUAGUGGAAAUCAUUAAGAAUGUCUGCUGUCUGAGUGUUGUGAAGGACUAUAUGCUCUUCAGAAAGUACAAUCUGCAGGAAGUGGUGAAGAGCAGUGGUGCAGAACAGCCACAAAAGGAUCCAACAAAGGAUGAGAAGCCGCCAGAGGCUAAAAACGACAACGUGCCGCCAGAGGCUAAAAACGACAACGUGCCGCCAGAGGCUAAAAACGACAACGUGCCGCCAGAGGCUAAAAACGACAACGUGCCGCCAGAGGGUAAAAACGACAACGUGCCGCAAGAUGCUUCAAAGGACGAUGAGGCGCAAGAUGAUUCCAAGGAAAUAAAGGACAAGAAGCAGGAAGAUGCUAAGGAGGCUCCAGAUGUUGCAAGCGCAUAAAUGUUUAUAAAACCGUAGUAGUUUCUAGUGGUAAAAAAAGGUUCUCUGUCUGUGGAGUUGAAUUUGUGUUGUAUGCAGGGACCUCACAUUUAGUUAAUAUUAUUUGAUCUUUCAGUUCCUUAUUUGCCAGGAGCAGAGCUCCCAAUUUUUGAUGGAUUGGUUCAGUUUUUGGAACCUGUGUUCCUCCUUAUACUUUUUAUAUCCCCGUUUCACAAAGUGAAACCUGCAACUGCUGAAAUGCACCAGAAAUUCCCAGCUCCGCCUUCAUUCCAGUACUAGGUCACUCGGCUCCUCCCCCUGGACCGCUAGACCUCCGACCCGUAGUGAAACUUGUAAAUGUUGGGAGGUGAGCAGAGGUACCGCAGACAGUUGCAAAUAGUUAUCUAGAGAACAAAUGGUUCACACUCUGACGUGUCUUGAACUGUGAGUGUAUGGAUUUUUUUUUAUUAUUAAUAGUGGUUAAUUACAGUUCUAUGUAAUAUACAGAGCGGUAUUUGUCCUGGAUUACCGAUAAUCUACUUGAGAGAACAUCAUAGAAUUUUUGUGUUACAAUUUAUGAAAAGUUGUUUUGCUGUAUUAGAAAAGGAACGAUAUCUUCAGGAUUUUAGCUUAUCCUCUCUUAGAGAUAUUGUAGUGUAAAAAAAAAAAGUUAGAGCGUUUUAUUUUUAAACAAAUUACUUAUUUAGUCAAAAUCAUACUCUUGCUCCAGAUGAGGAUAACGUUAGUGAUUGGAGCAUAUGCAUGUAUGCUUAUGCCUGAUUGGCUCACAGCUGUAUCCUCAUCUGCAUUGGUACAGGAAUAAAACCUUGACAAAGAAUUUAACACCCUUUUGUGGAGCUGAAAUAUGUAGGAACAAAAAUCUGAAUUUUGGUCUAACAAAAUACUAGUGGUGAAAAACGGUAAAAAGGCAUUCAGAUAAGAGGCGGCCUUCUAGUUCUAAGAAAUUAGCAUAUGAACCUCCUGGCUUUGAACUAAGAAUACCAAGAGAACAAAGCAAAUUGGGGAUAAAAGUAAAUUGGAAAGUUGUUUAAAAUGACAUGCCCUAUCUGAAUCAUGAAAGUUUAUUUUGGACUUGACUGUCCCUUCAAUAUAACCCUUCUAUUAAGACGGCUAUGUAAAAAGGGAAACCUAACUCAAAAAUAAAACGCCCUAAUUUGUCCCCUACAAAGAGGUUAAACACAUUGCUGAAGUUGCACUUGAGAGCCUUAGCACAUUAAAGGUUUUCAGCCAAUUACAGACAUACUCGUAGCAAUUUGGUAGUUUCGUUGGCUGCCAAAUGCAGAAGAGAGGGUCCACUUGUGGCAUUCGGCUCUUUUCAGAGCCAAAUUUCUUCUUGUGAAACACUAAGAUCUAGAUUUGCAUAGACCUUAGUGUGUUUACCACAAUGUUUAUUACAGGGCUAAUUCUUGCUCGGUGUCUGCUCAGAUUAGAUCUUUCUUAUAGAGGAGAUAUAUACAUAUAUUACCGCCUUUAACCUUUUGAUGACGGGGUUAAUUUGUCUACAUCGGAACAAUGUAGUUUUAUAAUUUUUAUUAUUUAAUUAUGUAGUGUUCUUUGUUUUAAUGUAAACCUGUUAGAUAUCUAUCUAUCGGGUUGACAAAUCUGUUUAAAAUUUAGGAGCCAGUAAGAAUAUUUAGGAGCCAGACAGUAAUAUAUAUAUAUAUAUAUAUAUAUAUAUAUAUAUAUAUAUAUACAUACAUAUGCUCUACGACCCCUUGCAAAUUUAAAUGUUUUCAGGCUAUUUUUUUCUUUAGUUAAAUUGGUUGGACAAACAUUUUAAAAAAACCUUCAUAUAGCCAGUUUUGAAAUCUAUAUUACAAAUUUUUUUUUCUAUUUAUGGGUCUGAAUGGAUAACGUAUACUCUUCCCUUUUUUAUAUUUACAAUAUUGUUUUCAGAACAGCUAGUUCUUUAGAUAACUGGUACUUUGAAUGCAUAAUCUGCAAAGUAGAUUUAUUUUGAGGAAAAUGUUUGUUUUUGUCUGUUAUCCUUUUAAAUAAACAUUUUUAUUCAAUGUU